GGGGCGAGAGGAGUCACGUGGGUUAGUGACAGCCUGUAACGCGCCUUCUCAUUGGCUCAUCCGCUCUUGGCCCGUCCCCUGUGAUUGGCUGCUGGUGGUGACGUCACUGCGAUCAGCUGUUGGAGCUCCACAACAACAACAAAAGAAGGAGCAGUCUGAGGACUGAAGAGGAAACGGACUGAAGCAAAGGAACAAAAAGACCCUCACUGUGACUCCUCAUGCUCAGUCCUUAAAUUAACAUUUUAUAUUUUAUUUCUUCCGAGAAGAAUCCUCUACCUUUUCUAUUUUUGGAAAAGCAACACCUCUACCUCAGUUUAAGGAUUUAAUCUGGAUCCGUGUCCAUCCUCUCUCAGUGCCGCAGGGCUGUUUUUCUACUUUUGCACUCUUUGAAUCGACCCCCGACGUCGAGCGAUGUCCAGCCAGUGUCUGCUGGCCCUCAGAUGAUCCAUGACCACACCUUAUUGAUGCACUUUAGCACCUUUCCGGAGCCUUCCCCUCGCUGUGAACCCCGCAGCUGAUGACCAAAGCGCGCGCCACGCCUCCCCGCGGUCGCCCCGAGCCACGCGCCCCCCCUCAGCCCCGCUCUCAGCCUCAGGCCCCCGCAGGACGUCCAGGGAUGUUCCAGAGGUUCGCCAGCGCUCUGUUCGGGGACGACGUGGAGGAGCUGAGCCGAGGAAACCGACCAGGAGACGGGAAGGAGGAGGAGGACGAUGAGAACUGGAUCCUGGUCAACUACCUGGCUGAAGCCUUCGCUCAGUGCGGUGACGGCCUCUCUCCGUCCACUGCCGGCCCGGAUGAGGACGACGACGAUGAUGAAGACCUGGUCAUGAUCCUCCCGAUGGCCAGCCCCCCGAUCCGCGCCUCCUGCACCUCCCUCAACUCCACGGCCGACACCGACCCGGACGGCGGGGCGGAGGACGACGAGGACACGGAGGACGAGGAGGAGAAGGAGAGCGGCUUCCUCCGCCUGGACGCCUGCUCUCUGGAGGAGAGCUGGUUCGUCACCCCCCCGCCCUGCUUCACCGCCGGCAGCAAACCCAUCCUCCUGGAGACCAGUCCUGGGAACCUGCUGAUCGAGCACCCCAGCAUGUCCGUGUACGCCCACCACAGCCCCCCCACCCUCGACGCCCUGCCGCGCUCCCUCGACCUGGAGCUGGGGCUGCUGGCCGGGAACAUGCCCGGCGCCCAGACGGCUUCAGGGGGGAAGGAGAAGGGCCGACGCAGUCUGGAGGGUCCCCCCUGCAGGCCGGAGGUAGCAGUAGUCCAGCGUCGCUCCAGCCUCCACUCCGCCUGCUACGCCGCCGCCCUCUCCGCCCGCUCCGGACUCCUGCAGCCCCGAGCCGGGAACGCCGCCCAACGCACCCAACCGCUGUCCCGUAACGCCCUCCGACGCCACAACCUGAUGCGGCCCUCCAAGGCCGGCACCGUGCACCUGCACCAGCCGAGCCAGAGACACCUCAACUACUGAGGCGUCCUUCAUCAUCAUCAUCAUCAUCAUCAUCAACCCUCCAACUUACACUGGCUACCAUCCGUUCAUCAACAAAUCAACACCAGCAAAAAAAAUCAAACCAUGUCAUCAGCCAUAAGCCACACCCCCAUCUGUUCUUACGUCUGAUUGGACGGUGACAAAAGGGAAAAACAGCUGACGUGUUUUAUUAGCUCAUGAGGCCAGUGCAAGAAAAGUUCCCUCCUCAUCCUCCUCUUCAUCCAUCCUCCCUCAUGUCGAUGCUGAAAAAGAAGGGAUGUGAAAAAAGGUCAUCUUCCUCUCUUCAUCCUCUUUUUCUCCUCCGUCUGCAGGACCAGAUUGCGUCCAAUCACAGAGCAGAGAGUGGCUCCUCCUCCUCCUCCUUCUUUAUAUUCUUCUCUUCUUCUUUUUCUUCUUCUUCUCCUUUACGGACGCUUAAUGUGUAGAAUCAAUGCUGUAGGUCACUUUACUCGCGGCAGGUUCGGCGUGUUGCAGGGUGAUUCACGGUGAUGUCACGGUGAUGUCACGGCAGGGGUUUUGGCAGCUUCUGGGCGUC